AUGGGGAUACCACUGCCGGCAUGUGUCAUGUUCACGCUGUUUUGCCUGGCAGUGCCCGUCUUCAUGUCUUAUAACGGCGGUGCGACAGCCGCAACUGUCGACACAAUUCAGAAAGAAGGUCACUGGAGUCCGGCCGGGAUUGGGCUGCUCGGAGCAAUGGACAAGAUUGGGAUGACGAUGGCUGCAGCGUUCUGGGGAUACAUGCUCCAGCGUGUUUCGUCCAAAAGGUUGCUCUGUGCAGGACUCCUCGUCAACGCGACCUCAACUUUGAUCUUUGCGACAUUGAGGAAUCCAAUUACAAUGUGCCUAGCGAAGCUGCUGAUCGGCUUUACGGAGAGCUUGCAGUGGGUAUGGUGCCCACUCUGGAUCGGCCAAUGGGCUCCUCCGGCGUCACUACCUAUCUGGAUGAACCUGUCAGGAGGUGGCGUCGCAUCAGGAGUUGGGAAUGGUUUGGGUACCAUUAUCGCCGGCUUCACGACGGCACAAGGAUGCUCCUAUGAACUUGCCUUCCAGAUCGAAGCCGGUGCCUUGUUUGCCCUCUGGCUGGCCUUGGCCCUGACGGAUUGGCAAAAGUUUACGAUUCGUGAGGACAGGUCUCUGGAGCCUUUUGUAAAGAUGAAAUCGCCGAAGAAGCGGGUAGCGCGGCUCGCGAAUGAAAGCUUGGAUGAGCAUCUUGUUGCUCCAUGCGACUCAGCCGGUGAAGCUGAGCAGGAGGCACGCAGAAGUCUGAAGGCCCAGCUCAGAAACCUGUGGGAGAAUCCUGUUUACUGCUAUUGUGCAAUGGCGUAUGCUUCGGCCAACUACGUCAACAGUGCGCUGCAGUUCCUCUGGGUUCGCGUUUUUGGUGAACUGUGGUCCUUAAACAAGGACUGGUGCGUGCUUAGCUUCCUCGUCAUUUCUGCGACCAGCGGUGCACUGGGAAUUACAAUGGCAAGCUGCAAUCGUGUGGAGCACGAUGAUGCAGGGAGGCUCGCCACACUGAGGUUCAUCCAUCGUGCCUUCUCCGGAGCCGUUCUUGGGGCACUCGUUGCUGCUGUCGGCGUGGCUUGUGGUAUCGCUCCACAGCUCCACCAGGAGCAGCCCCCUAGUUUCGAGCUGAAGAGCAUCAUCGUUUGCUGGUUGGGUUGCGCCAUGGUCUUGGUGGGCGUGACUGCGGUGCCGGGCCUUCUACAGAUUGUUUGCAUCCAAUCGGUGGAGGAGCCUGACCUUAGAAGCUUCGCCACCGGCCUGAGCCAGGGUGCCAACAACUUGCUUGGCUUCGCGAUGGGUCCUUUGCUUCCGCAGCUUGCAAUGGACUUCAUGGAGUAUCACCUCGGCUUCAACCGACAGCGUGCUUUAGCCUGCGCGUUGCUUACUGCACUGGUGGGCACAUCAGUUGGCGCCUUUUGCACAACCCUCGCCGCAGAGCUUCUGGUCGCCCGAGGCGAUGCCAGGCUGGUCCGCAACGUCACCAUAGAAGAGGGUCGGGAGGCCGACCGCCACCCGUUCGAGGGCAUCGGUGCCCUCAGCGCGGGUGCAUCCUCGAGGUUACUCCAGGAUUAUCCCGCCGCACAAAAGGAACAGAUCCUGGACUUGCUGUUCAAGCCGCAGUACGGCGCUUCGCUGCAGAUACUCAAAGUUGAAAUCGGGGAUUUCUGCAUUCUCAGACCGCUCGAGAUUUUUCCUUCCGGCUCAACCAGCUUGGCAUUGUUCCUCCGAAGACGUGGGUGUCGCAACGACAACCUCAUGUGCUCCCAUCACGACAAGCGCGACGAGCUGGGCUUCGUGAUUUGGCUGUCCUGCCUCGAUGGCUUCUCCAGCAACCAACAGACUAUCUGUGACAGAGGCAUGCAGGCAUCAGGCUGUGUCAGCACGGGCGGCCGAAGCAGUUCCAGAUACAAAGGCGAGCUAGCUGCAGCUCCAGGCAAAUCAGGUGGGGGCCAGACCUGGACAUGUCUCAUCCAAAGCCUCCAUGGCCUUGGAGACAGUAGGAUGGAGGUGGACAGUGCUGAUUUCAGACGAGUUGUGGCUUCUUGGAAAAGGACGGCGCAGUGGGCGAGGGCUCUGAACUCACUGGAUCAGAUGUGGCGCACCAAGGUGCAGCCCUCGCAGAUCAUCUGGAACAUGCUCAUCACCUCGGGGAGCCGUUGGGCUGCCAGCUUCAACCACCUCGGGACGCUUCGGGGCUCUUACCUGCGUGUCUCGGUCUUCGCUUUGGGUCCCUCUGCCGUGGUCGCGCCGUGGCACAGGGCGCUGGAGCUCCUGUUCGGAGCCCAGGCAUUGCGGGUGCGACUGGACUCUCUGUGCUGGCAAGCAGGAGUAAUAUCGUGCCGGAGCCAGUGGCAGCACGCAGCCCACGCCUAUGCCAGAAACUUGCAAUUCCGAGCAAGCGCCGGUGAUGCAGCAGCUGCACUUUGCCGGUCCUUUUCGCACGGAGUUGCGUGGGCAGCAGCCUUGCAGCUUCUCACACCUGGCAUCCAAAGCCUGGUUGGCGUGAGCAGCGCAGCAAAGGCCUGCAGCAAGGCAACUUACUGGAGCUCGACUCUCUUGGUACUCAGCCACAUGAUGCACCUGCAGCUCAAGUGCGAUGCCGUGGCCGACAACAUCGCGCUCGAAGCGAAGAUUCAGAGGUCCUGGCGCGAAGGGCUUUUGUCGCUUCGAUGCUCUGAGGGGCGCGUCAAAGAUGGAUCAACGUGCUUUGGGCGAAGUUCACGGACCCAACUUGCAAUCGCACACAACACCUGCAUCCGCGCCUGUGAGCAGUUCAGUGCCUGGGAUGCGGCUUUAGAGUUUGCGCAAGGAAUACGAAGUGCAACAUUGCAGCUGAGCGCUGUGAGCCUUGGUGCUACCGUCUCUGCUUGCGUCGCCGGGCAUUGGUGUUGCACACUUGCUCUGGUUCAGACCAUUGCGAAGCUUGCAGUGCAAAUCAGCACUGUGGUGUGCAAUGCGCUCAUCCACUCAUGCGGAAGCGCAUGGAAGCCGGCCGUGGCGAUGCUCUCUGCAAUGAGACAAAGCCAGCAAUCUCAGGAUCGCGUGAGUUUCAAUUCGGCCAUCGCGACGCUGUCUUCGUGGCAGCUGGUAGCUGAGACGAUGUCGACGCUCCUCCGGCAAGAUCUGGAGCCCACUUCAGUGACCCGGAGCUCUGCCAUUGCUGGGCUUGGCAGCAACUGGAAAGAAGCUGCAGGCUUGCUCCGUGCAUCGGAUCUUCAGUCAUUACAGCGCAGCGAGACAAGCUUGGGUGCCGCACUGAUGGCGACCAAGGAGACGUGGCAGGUCUCGACAUCGUGGCUUCGGUGGAUGCCAAAUGCAGACCGACUUUGUCACAGCACCGCCGUCAGUGCCUGCGAGAUCCAGGGGGCAGUCUUCGGAUGGAGCUCGGGAUGA